GUGGCCGCGCGCGGGCAGGCUCGUCGGCGCUGCCGGCGGCUGGCCCGGUCACCAUGAACUGCAUGACGAAGCUGGCCGAGAAGCACCCGUUCGCGUGGCUCAGCGGCAGCGACGUGCUGCAGUUCCUGAUGCUGGGGUGCGAGGGUGCAGGCAAGACUACGUUACUGUACAGACUCAAGAUCGAGGGUUGGAAGAACCCCGAGAUCGUCCAAGACAUGAGGAAAAUGCGUCAGGAAGAUUACGUGGGCGACUCGCACUCCGAGGUGAUCGAUCCUUCCUAUCACUACGAG